AUGGAUCCAGACGUUUCCCGCUCCAUCACACACCAUCCCCAUGCUUUCAACCUGCCCUCGCGGGCGCAUUCUUCAAGUCCAUUUACCGGCCCUCACCGACAGUCCGUCAACGAGCAUAAUGCAAAUAGUACCGCUGUGGAGCUAGAUGAUGGCCUAGAGUCUGGCAGAAAUGACGGGCCAGUGGCAACCGCCAGGCAUGCUGCAAACUUAAACAGUGCUGAUGUCGAGAGCCAAGUCACAAUCGCCCAUCGCGGCCAGAUCCUGCGGCAGACAUUCGAGAGUGAUCCUUAUGGCCUGUCGCUUGCCUACAAGACGCCCUCCGACCUUGAGCAGAUCAAAGCUAACACCUCGAGAAAGCUUCGGUCGCGGAGGCCAACGGAUGCGCCAGCGGGCGGCGCGACACGAACUAGCAAGGCCCCGCACGGAGGAAUUCUGAGCAAAUGCGUCCCGCGCCCGAUACAAUCAAACAUUCAAGCACGUCGCCUCGAGGGCUUCUACGAAAAACAGAAUGCUACCAUCGAGCGCAUGCUCAAGUCUGUAGAAGACCAUCGAGCUGAUGCGCGCCAAGAGGCUGGAGAGGAGCUACUGCAGUUCCAGAUUGGCGUUUGGGGCUCCUUCAUCGCCAACAUCGUUCUUGCGAUACUCCAAGCCUACGCCGCCAUCUCGUCUGGAUCGCUGUCUCUCUUCACGACCAUGGCGGAUUCCGUCUUUGACCCGCUGAGCAACCUUACGCUUAUCCUGUCCGCUCGAGCCGUGCGACAUGUCGAUCCAUCGCGCUUCCCGUCGGGCAAGGCGCGCCUUGAGACGGUCGGAAAUAUCAUUUUUUGUUUCCUGAUGAUCUCGGUAUCGUUGAUUUUGAUUGCGUUUUCGGCCCGGGAGCUCACUGAGCGCAUGGGAUCCGACGAGAGAAACAGCUUCCACCUGCCUUCGGUGAUCGCAGUGUGCGUGGCUUUCGGCACCAAAUUCACCUUGUUCCUAUACACAUGGGCCCUGCGUAACCGUUAUUCGCAAAUCCGAAUCCUUUGGCAAGACCACCGUAACGAUCUGUUCGUCAAUGGCUUCGGUAUUCUGACCUCGGUCGGCGGCUCCAAGCUCAUCUGGUGGGUUGAUCCGAUGGGCGCAAUCAUCUUAUCUAUCGUGAUAUCGUGGCUCUGGCUGCGGACUGCCAUCUCUGAGUUUCUCUUACUCGUCGGCGUCGUUGCCAACGUUGAGACGCAGCAGCUCAUCACCUACGUCUGCUUGACACAUUCGCCUCUAAUCCAGCAGAUCGACACGGUCAGGGUAUAUCACUCUGGUCCCAGGUUGAUCGCUGAGGUUGAUAUUGUGAUGGCAGCCGAGACUUCGCUGCAGGUCCUCCACGAUGUGGCUGAGGAUUUGCAGAUCAAGCUGGAGAGCUUACCGGACGUCGAGAGAGCCUAUGUCCACGUAGACUACGAGACCACGCAUAAACCAGAGCAUGGCUACAAGAAGGAUAUCUGA